GCUCGACAUAAACUAUUUAUUGUAAACUUGGGUCAGGCCGGAGAGACGCGGAGGACAGCAGCUGUUUUUUACAGCUGACACCCUUCCAGCUGCCAGCAGGCCAGCUCUGUCCGGCUGCGAACCAACUUCCUGCAUGUGGCCGUAGGAGGAAGGGGAUUUCUGAGGCUUUAGCGGCCGCAGCUGCCGUCUGAUCGCGAUCCCCCGCUACCCUCCGCGGAUGGUGCGGGGUGGGAUCAUCUGGAGAGGCCGUGGCAGACAUUUUACCCACGGUCUUCAGGAGCCUGGCAACUCGGACGGGGUUUACCUCCGCGAAGACUGUAACCAGAUUUUUGGGGAUACGAAAUGUGAAAAAAAGGCUCCACUUUUUCACCUUCUCAGUCUAAGAAGUUGCCUGAUCUGACGUGUCCACAUCCUGACACCCUCCUGCCUCGGGCAUGCCUCAGCCGGGUAUGAAUGGGAUGGAGCCUGCAUUUGGCGAGGCCUACGGGGGCCACAGGGGCCUGCUGAGCCCCUGCCCCCUGGCCAUGUCGCCACAAGGGGGCAGGACUGAGUAUGAUCAGAGCGUGCUCCUGAUGCUGGGCUCCCCGGCGUCACCAAGGAAACGGCCCUUCGAGUUGCUGAGCGACCUGGUGGAUGACGGCGGUUUUGGCGAAGACCAGCAUCCGGAGCGCUGGGACGUGUCCGCGCUGGACGAGAUGGCCCGCUACACCAAGCUGGGCCUCGGAGUCGGCGGGGAGCUGCUGGCGUGCUCCGAGGACGCCAUCUUGAUGGGCCGCUGGGGGAGGAGUCGGGAGGAGGAGGAGGAGUGGAAGAAGAGGAGGGACAGCUGCGCGGCCCCUCCCGUAACCCAGGAAGUCCAGGUCACGGCGGCGGGGAUGAAGUCGCCGCGUGGCUCCGUUACCGUGGCAACACAGAGGGAGCUGUGCGCCACCGGAAUGGGGAUGGGAGACGAAUGCGACCAAGAGGUGUCGAGGGAGUGUACGGUGGAAGUAUAUCAGGUGGCGCCUGAGGAAGAGGAGGGGCAGGAACAGGAAGUGGUGGCGGUGGCGGCCAGAUCAGGGCUGGCGCUGGAGCACUGCAGCGAGGAACACAACUACUCUCUGAGCCAGGGAGGGGAGAAGGCGGCCCGGCCGGCGCUCAGCGCUCCGCUGGAGGAGGCGAAGGAGGCCGAGGUUCAGCAGGAGGUGCAGGGCAGCGAGGACAGCCAGGCAAACACAGAGCUGGAGGAGGAGGACGAGGAGGAGGACGAGGAGGAAGAGGACGAGGAGGAGGAAGAGGAGGAGGAGGAAGAAGGGGCGGAGGAAACGGCGGUGGAGGCUGAACUCUCGAGCUCCUCAGAAACUGAGUGUGAGGUGGAGCCCGAGCCAGCGAGGCAACCAGGCGAGCGCCCGGCUAAGCGUCGCUGUUUCUGGGAGUACAGACGCUCCCGGGAGUCGGCCACGAAGAAGAAGCUGGGCAGCAACGUCCACUGGUCUCUGUCCUGGAGCUCCAGCACGCUACCCAGCACGCUGUACCGCCGUGAGGGCAAGAAAGGGCGCCGCAAAGCGCGAAAAACAGACGCCAGCGACCUGACGCCCAACCCUCAGAAACUGCACAACAUCGGAGAGCAGCUGCAGAAGCUCAACGCUGCCAUUAAGGGCAUGGGCCCGGUCAACGACCUGCCCGCCAUGGCUCGAGCGCGAUCCCGCAAGGAGAAGAACAAGCUGGCGUCCAGGGCCUGCCGGCUGAAGAAGAAGGCCCAGCAUGAAGCCAACAAGAUCAAGCUGUGGGGGCUCAACCAGGAGUACGAAAACCUCUUGGGAGCCUUGCUACGGAUCAAGGAGGUGAUCCGGCAGCGGGUGGAAAGCAGUGAGGAGGAAGACGGAGACGAACGUGGAAUGACCCAACGCCUCGAAGACAUCCUGAAAGAGUCCAGCGGUCCCCUAGUCGCUGGGCGGACCAAAGACUUUGUGCAAAGGAUUCUGGAUGCCAGCGCGAGCGGUCAGAACCAGCGUAAGGAGUCGCUGCAGGGCGGAGAUGAGACGGCGGGUUAAACUACCCAGCACCUGUGUUUUUUUUCUCCACUCCCUCCCGUCCCAGCACCCACCUGGCCAAGCACCUCCUCGGCUCUCACAUCGGAGUGAGAGCUGAGCGGAGAAGAGGCUGGGAAAGAAGAAACCAACACGGGAGUUUGUUUCCAUCCUGCCCUCCUUCAACAGCAGCACCCUGUCGCUGCAGGCUGCACCGCAAACACCACCAGGCUAGAACUGCUGCUGAUGUCUUUACUGCGUCCUGUCCGUCUGUGUGUGUGUGUGUGUGUGUGUGUAGGUGUGUGUGUGUGUGUGUGUGUGUGUGUGGGCGUAUGUGUAACAUACUGCAUGAGAGUGUAUAGUGCUUCUGUUUCCCUCCCUGUGCUGUAUUUGUAUCCCAUUGUGCCUAUGAAUAGACAUUGCACUGUUUUGUAGAUAGUUGUUGGCGGGUGAGUGAGCCGAGGGCAAGGGGGCAUCUGAGAGCACAGGAAGCUCAGAAACCAGGAAGUGAGAGGAACCCGGUUCCCGAUGAAAUCACUCGAGGGACCCGGAAACAGGGGCCCGUUUGUUAAAGAAACCUCUGGAGCUUUAAUAAACCCUCGUCUCUCCAAAGUCACUUUUUUUUCAGUUCAUCUCCACGGCAUCAAAAACGAAAGCAGAGCUAAAAACGAAAGUGACAAUGGCACCUUAAUUUAAGCUGACCAAAGACAACUGUAACUACUGAAAUGCUGAAACAUCACAACCGCUCACAGACCAGCCGCGUUGACCCGUCACAAAAAACCGUCAAAAUGCUUUGACUCAUAUUUCUACAAUAAGUAACUUUUAAAUAAAGUCAUUAAAAUAAUAAAGAUGCUAGGGGGACUAGGGAAAUAGGGGAAGAAAAUAAAUAAAUAAAUUUCAGUUAAUGCUAAAAAAAACUGACAGGUUAUUUUUACUGUUUUCUCCCCUGUCUUUUUUUCUAACAGCAUAAAUAAAUAUCAGUAAAUUCAAAAAUAUAAUUAAAUGAAGCCUCCAUGUGCAAUUUAGUAAUAAAAAUCAGACGUUUAUUUGAAAUAGGAAUAUUUUUCAAGAGCUGUAUUUGUGGCGCCAUCAAUUUUGUUCCUUCCAGUUCCCUAAAGAAUCAGUAAUAAAUAAUAUUUUGCCAUCUUUUUAUUAUCACAGUAGUACCAUAAAAUAUCACCAACCCCUGGAUGCAAUAUUACCAGAAUAAAGUUGUUAUUGAAGAUGUUUGUUUUUGUUUCUGCAAAGUCCUGCUACUGAUAAUAAUUUGAUGCUGCUGUUAAAAGAUUAAGUGUUUUCUUAUUGUACCAAAGUAUAACUUAAUUUUUUUAAAUUUUUUGUAGAAGUUCUCAUAAAAUGUUUACUUCAUUCUCCUAGUGUUACAAUCUUAUUCUCGUUUACUUCAUUCUCAAACUAUUUAAAAUUUAUUGUUAUACAAUUGUUUUCUUAUAAUAUUACGACUAGAGAUGAAAAUCUUUCAGUUUCUAGCAAUCGACUCAUUUCCAUUAAAAGUUUUAGGCUUACAUUAAAUUCAAAAACAAUUUUUAAUUCAGAAUUUUUUAUUUUUUUACUAAUUUUUGUGAGACUGUUUAAAUUAUGUGAAUAAUAAGAAGAAACGCCAGUGCAAUCAAGUAUAAUAUUUAUUAAAUCAACUUUCAUCAGUUUAUAUUUGCACUAAAAUAAGUUUGUGCACAAAAUUCUGUAACUUAAAUUACCAGUUUCAGGUUAGCUUAGCUGCUUAGCUUCUUAUUAAAUAAAUAAAAAAUACCAAAGAAUUAUUUAAAAUAAGUACGGCGGUAGAGCGGACGCGUAAUGCGAUGGUUAGUUUAUUUACAAAUAGGAGAAACAAAGACGUACAACUGGAACGCAUUUUGAGUUUGUCUUUAUUGAACGAAGAAUAAACAAAGUUAAAUACAAAGUUAAAUAAAUUUGAAACAAAAGCAGCAGAAAUAAGUGAACUUAUUUCAUAUUUCUAUUCAAAUCGAUUUUUGAGCGUUUUGAAUCGUCUGCACCCCUGAUUGUAACUUUAUUCUUAUAAUUAUGUAUUUUUUUAGCCUGGCUAACUCUGCAUUGUAUAUUUGCUGUAGCUGCCACUGUGAAGCCUGAUGCUUCUCCAGUUUAUCUGCAGUGGCUCCAUUUAAAAGGGACAAAGUCUCCUCACUGCCUCCCCUCGCCCUCUGCUCAACCCCUGGCCUGGUUAUGUAGCGCAACUUCCUGAAUUGCAAUGACCAAUAGAGAAAACACUUGUAGAUCUAGAUAGCAAAUAAGUCAAUUUUUUUUGGUUUGUUUUUGUCAAUGUUUUGAUUCUGUUGUUACCUUGGCGACGCGGCAGCCCACUAAGUGGGUGCUGCUCUUGAGGAUUUUUGAAAUCUGCCUUUGUCUGUGGUCUUCGCUGAAGCUGUAGACCAACCUGUCCAAGCUCUCUAAAAAUUAUUGGACACACAACAAAAAGAGAAGAUAGUCAAUAACCCUUUGAAUUGCACUGUGGUAAGAGCAAAUAAGCACCUUUCAGGAGGGUUUUAAAUCCUCGAAAAGAGAAAAAAAAAAAAAAAAAAAGACUUUUUGGCACCUUUCUGCAAAAACAGAUAUCGAUUCAAAGACUUGAAGGUGCCUGCUGCUUCCGAGCAAAACACAGUUUGGGUUUGUCUCAGUAUGGUGCUACUAUAUGAUGAAAAACAAUGUACAGAAAUGCAAAUCUAGCAUGGAAGCAUGAGGCAGUAACUGCUGACUGGGUUUUUGUCCUGCAAGCAGACGCUGUUAGCGGCGGCUUGCUUGCAUAAUAAUGCCUAUCUGAAGUGCCUGGAGCUUAAAGCCACAGGGGCCUGUGUUAUUACAGCUGAUCCUGAUUCCUGUAAGCGUUAGAAACCUCACCUGCGACUGCCGCGCCACGCUUAAUGCUUCUGAGAAAGGAGAAGGAGCGUCUGGUGUCUCAUCGCAUGUCGGCCAAAACAGUAAAACAAAAAUAUUUAAUGAAACUUACAGUCUCAGUAACAUCACCUCUGGGAAAUGGUAGGAAAAACGUUUUCUUCCUGCUUUUUCCCCGCAUAGGCAUCGCUCCAAAGCUGCUGUGUUCCAACUCGAUGUGUUCCCCUCCUGACUGAAAAGCGUGCAGAAACAUUUCCCCUCCUGCAGAGCUUGAUGUUGGUCAUUAGAAAGCUGUGGUGGAGGAGUUCUUUACUGUUUCUGCAGAAUACUGCGUUGUAUGGAAGGCCCGAAAUGCAAAUAAGGACCAUCUAGAUCUAACGGAUUUGUUUUUCAUUUUUAAUUUUUCUCCUUGGAUGGAAGCAGAAAAAGUUGAGUGAUGUUAUGAUCAAAGAGUCAAAUUUCAAAGUUUUAUUUGAUAUGAAGGGAAUUCAAGUUAACGUGGUAACUGGAUGGUUGUUUCUGUAAUAAAAUUACAGGGCUAAAGUAGCAAUAUUUUGAGAAUAAACCAACAUGAGAAUAAAGUCGCAGUUGAACAAUAAAAAAGUUAUAAUAUUAUGAGAAUAAAA